UGAGACUUGUUGGGAGAGCCUCACCGCCGCUAUGUCCCAUUCGGUGGUCCUGCGUGGCCCUUCGCCGUGGGGGUUUCGUUUGGUGGGCGGUAAAGAUUUCAGCGCCCCGCUGACCAUCUCCAGGAUUAACCCUGGUAGUAAAGCAGCCAUGGCAGACUUGUGUCCAGGAGACAUUAUUCUGGCAAUUAAUGGGGAGAACACGGACAACAUGACGCAUCUAGAAGCACAAAACAAGAUCAAAGCAUGUGUGGACCAGCUGCUGCUCUCUCUGAACAGAGCUGAAGGGAAGACCUGGUCACCUCCUGUCCUCGAAGAUGGCAAGGCUCAAGCGUACCUGAUCAACAUUGAGGCAGACCCACAGGACAGUGGCCCUGGCAAGAGCAGGAGGUUGAUGCCCCAUGGAUCUGGGGGCAGCCUCAUGGACAGCAAGCAGAUGCUGAACAUGGAGCAUCACCCACCAACCCGGCUCUACACAAACAACAGCUCUGAGUUGGCACUUCCAGGCCAGCUGAGUAGACUCCACAUCACUCCUGCCCACAGCAUUGAACCCAUGAAGUCUCUCCCACGGAACAGAAAUGGGUUUGAUGUGGAGUCAGAUGUCUACAAGAUGCUUCAGGAUUAUGAAAAGCCCAUUUCAGAGCCAAAGCAGUCUGGAUCCUUCCGGUACUUACAGGGCAUGUUGGAGGCCAGUGAGAAUGGUGAAAAACUCAGCAAACUGAGUAACCCCCAAAACAUCAAGUCCCCAGUGCCAAAGCUUGCUGGUCCCAUAUCUGGGCUGCAGAUGCUUCCUGAGUGCACCCGCUGCAGGAAUGGGAUUGUGGGCACCAUCGUCAAGGCACGGGACAAACUCUACCACCCCGAGUGCUUCAUGUGCGACGACUGCGGCCUCAACCUGAAGCAGAGAGGGUAUUUCUUCAUUGAGGAGCAGCUGUACUGCGAGACACAUGCCAAAGAGAGGGUUAAGCCCCCCGAAGGAUAUGAUGUGGUAGCUGUUUAUCCAAAUGCUAAAGUUGAACUCGUCUAAGCCUGGGCUGCUCUGGAGAGGUCGGGUGGCCACUCACCCACAUCCUCCUGCUGGCUGCGAGCAGUGGGGCUGUAAUCAACUCUCUUUACCAAAGCCCAAAUUAAAAUGCUUUUUCCUAGAUAAAACUGUUUACACUGUGAUCUCCGGGGAAUGGUGUUGAAAGCAUUCAAACAGGUUUU